UUUUUGAGCGUGUGGGAAUUGCAAAGUUGCAGUAUCCGAGCCGGUGGAAUGCGAGCUGCGAGACCGCUGGCGACCAAGCCACACGAUGGGCCGCCUCAUCGCCGCCACCUCUGGGACGCGCGCAGCGACUGCUGGCAGCUGCGCGUCUGUGCGCUCGUGCUAAGCGUGUGCACCUUUGGCAUCUUCCUCUUCAUGGAGCUCAUGCCGGAGCCCGACGUCACGCUCCUCGCCCUCGGCACGCUCAUGGUCGCGUGGAUCGGACCGCUGACGCUGCUCGCGGGCACUCAGUCGCCAGCGACGAAAGGCCACUUUACGUGGUGGCAGCCGUUCGAAGGCGGCUUCAGCUUUGUGUGCAUGCAAGCGUUUGGCUGGUCCAUGAUUGCGCUCUUCCUCGCGCUCUGCCUCGUCAUCUUGGCCAACUUUACCACCAUCACGCGCUUUGAAGGGCAGUUCCUUCUUCUCGGUAUCGUCGCCUUUAUCGCGCAAGCGCUCUUGAACUUGAGCAUCGAUCAGUUUGUCGUGCCGGACGAGAGCACGCCGACGUCGCUUGUCCAGCGGUCCUUCCUCCCCGGCUGGUCCAAAGCCCUUGUCGCGAUCCUUGUCUCGCUCUCUGGGACCAUCUUCUUUGCUGUGUACGACUCAGGUCUCUUUGCGUCCGGCGGCGUCCUUCUGCCCAUGGGCGUUGCUCAGUUUGCGCUCUCGGCGGUGCUCCUGCAUGUCUGCGUCGGCGUGCUCGAGAUGCCGGGCUACCGGCUCUGGCAGCCGUUCGAAGGCGGCUCGGUCUUUCUUCUGCUGCAGUUUUUCGGCUGGAGCUUCUUCACGUGCAUGGCGGUGGCGACCGCCUGCCUCGUCUGCUUGCAGAGCCACUCGUACGGUCUCGCGCUCUGCUCUGGUCUUCUCGGGCUCGUCUCGCAAGUGCUCUUGCUGAGCUCGCUCUACUGCUUCAAGGUAUCCGAGCACCCGCGAACGGCGUGGAGCUACAUGCAAAUUCCCGAAGAAGGGUUCCUUAGCGGUAUAUUUGCCAUCUUUGCCUGCCUCCUCACGACGCUCGUGUGCCACUCGUCGCUCUUUCCGUGUUUGUACGUGCUCGUCGACGGCAACACGCGCUUGCUCGGCAUGGUGUGCCUCCUCUUGCUCGCCGGUGCGAGUCCCGUCGCCCACUGCGGCGGCUACCGCAGCGUGCGCGGCUACAAGCUCUGGCAACCGUUUGUCGGCGACUCGAAAUUUGUGUUUUUACAGUCGAUGGGGUGGCUCUGGUACGGCAUCUUCCUCGGCGUCUCGCUCUUGCUCCUCCUCAACGACGACGCGUUCCUGACGCACGUCUUGCCGCUCGCGUGCGUCACGGGCUCGAUCGCCGCGCUCGCCAUCUCGCUCUCGAUGCCCUUUUUCGAGGUCGAGUCGGCGUCGUCACAUGCUUUGUCGACAACGUCCAUGCUCUGGACGGGCGAGUAUGUCCUCAGCCUUCUCCUCUCGUUUGCGACGAUUGUCCUGCACCUCGCCAUCGAGCUCCUCCACCUCAACGGCCGCACCGCGUUUGUGUGCUUGGCCCUCGGCCUCGUCGCGUCCAGCGUCGCCGUGGUGACGACCCACGGCCUGGGCACACGCCUCCAUGCGGGCUAUGCCUUUUGGCAGCCGUUUUGCGGCGGCGACGCCUACGUCCUCCGCCAAGCGCUCGGGUGGACCUUCUUCUCGAUCUUUGUGCUCUUUGACUGCGUCUCGCUCGGUGCCAUGUGGAACGAAAUGCACGUCCGACCCGGCGUGCUCUUGGCGCUGAGUUUAUACGGCCUUGUGCCCCACAUUGUGCUCGGAUCGUCGCUGACGCUCUUUGCGCCGACGACGCCCGCGCCAACGCCGUCCAUGCAGCCACUGCGCGUCUCGAUGCUCGCAAGCGCCGCGCUCGAUCUCGGGUCGAUCACGCUCUUUUGCUGUGCCGAAGGCUUCAAGGACGCGGCCUGGUCCUUUGUGAGUGAAGUGCUCUUUGUGAUUGCGACCAUCGUGGCGGUCAUUGGGCUUGCGUGCACGCACUGCAUCUGCGGCCCCCAGCUGGACCCGAGCUACCGCGUCUUCCAGCCGCUUCGCGGUGGUCUCCGCUUCGUCGUCUACCAAGGGGUCGGCUGGACGCUGGCCGUCAUGGCGUGGGUAGCAGCGUGCACGGUCAUCUACUGGCACAGCUCAUUUCUCAAAGUCCACGGCAUCGUCGCCGCCAUCGGCAUGAUGUUCUUCGUUGCGCAAACAGUCCUUCUCGGGAGUCUCCGGUGCUUUGAGCCGCCGAUGACGCCGCCGACGACGCCGCCGACCCGCCGCGUUCUCCCGCAUGUCCGCAUCGAGUCGUGUUUGGGGCCGAUCCUCGGGUUAGUGUCGUGCGCCGCGUUUGCCCUCGUCGACCUCGUGCUCUUGCGCUGCGGCGCGACGCUGCCGGCGUUCCCGCUCACGAUUUGCGCCGCGAUUGCGCUCUUUGCGUCGAUCCCGCUCACGUAUCGCUUUGCGAACCGCGGGCGCAUGCUCUACCAAGUGCUCGGGUACACGCUCUGGUCGUUCACGCUGCUGCUUGCGAUUCUCUUUACGAUCAACGUGUGGCACCAAGACGCGCACCUCUGGCUCGGCGUCUCGACCGGCGCGAUCGGCUUUGCGGCUCAUUUCGUCUUGCUCUUCUCACUCUCACCGCCCGAGCGCUUACCGCCGCUACUGCUGCCCUUGGCCGGCACGGGGGCCGCGCUGCUCAUGUGGGCUGUCGACAACCGCCUGUCGCUCGACACGCUCUUGUCGGUCGUACUCUCGCCCAUGCAUGUGCUCUACCUCGCGUGCUGCGUGCUUGUGCUCGCCGUCACCAUGUGCCUCCUGACGUGGAUGCGUCGGUCGAUGGCACCGCGACAGCACUACGUCGUCCGCCGCAGUGCGCCCCAUGUGACGGCGCGUUGGCCACCCGACGUGGUCUUGACGCUGUGUGAGUUUCUGUCGUUCCGGGACCUUGCGCACUUGGCGUCGACGUCGCGAGCGCAUCGCGAUGACGUGUUUACCGCCGACGUGUGGCACACGCUGUUUGUGCGCCGCUGCGGCGCGCCGCCGUCCAGCAUUCGAGACGACACGUGGCACCGCGUCACGCACGUGCCGUCGACGCGGCUCUUCUCCGACACGCUCUGCGUGCGCGUCGAGCGCUGCUUGUUGCAGUGGUUUUGCGACUGGGACUUGCCCCAUACGCGCGUGGUCCCGCCGACUCUACCGUUGCCGCAGACCGAGAGCGUCUGGAAGCGCGUGCUGGCGGUCAUCGACGGCGGCGGCGCGUUCUACCACUGCCAACUCUGCAAGGCAUUUGAGGUAGUCACGCCGCACCAAGCGCGCUUCGAGCACGCGUACGCUUGCGAGGAGCACCAGACGUCGUCGUGGGUGCCGUCGCUGUGCGGCUGCACGCACCCGAUCACGCGCGCGCGCAAGGUCGCCCACCGCCGCUGCCUCGAAAACUCGUUAUUCGACCAAGACAUUUGUGAGGUGCAUGCGACGGCGGUGCUCGGGUGGCGGCCGCCAACGACGGUCCUCGAGCUGUCGCGGACGACGCGGAUCGACGCUACGUUUGUGCUCUCGUGCCUCAAAGUGCUGCUGGUGCUGGCGGCCGUCCUGCAGUACGCGGGCUUUGGCUGGAAAGCGCCGGCGUUGUACCUCUGGCUCAUGCACACGACGUUUCUGAGCUCGCUCUUGCACUCAAGUCGGUUUGACUUGGUCAUCCAGCGCAUCUGGGACGACCUCUUUGCGUUCCCGCUCUACUUGCGGCUCUACUAUACCCUCUUUGCGUCGAGCUUUCUACUCGUGUUGUGGUGCUCGCCGCUCUGGUCAAGUGCGUCGUACGUUCUCCACGGGCUCUUUGUCCUCAACGUCUGCCUCUACGCACUCCUUUCGUCGCUGACGCUGUUUGCGUUUUGGAAGACGCACGCCGGGGUGCGCACCGUCCUCUCGCCGCGCCCCCACAUGGCGAGCUUGCCCCUCCGCGCCCGCUGCACGCUCUGCCGCCUCCAUCUCUGCGUCACGCCCGCCCAAGUCGUCGUUGUGCCCAGUGAGUAGUAGGUCCUGCCUUUGAUCAGCUCUCUAUCCAAUGCUGCAUGCCAA